AUGACAUCUCUCAAUAAAAUGCCCGACAUUGUUCUGUCCGCUAUAAUAGAAAACCUGGAUUAUCGAUCAUUAAUGAUCCUCCGUAAAACUUGCCACGAUAUUCGAAACUUUAUCGACGAUUCUAUUCCGGCGUCUUCAAUAACUGAGAUUCAACUUAAUGUGAAUCCUGAACAAGUAGUUUUGGAAUUCAUGUAUUCCGAAUCUGUGUCGCAAGAAAAAUUGUAUUCAUUAUGUGGUCAGGAAGCUUUUGAUCUCUUUUGGAAGGACUUUGAAAUUAUUCUAAAACAUCAAAAACUCAUUCUUAAAAGUUUUUCUGUAACUUUGGAGUACAGAAAUGGUCUCAAUAAGCUCGAAGCAUCAGUUAGAGAGCGUGUGAAUCUAAGAUUCCUGAGCCAAUUGAAAGCUCUUUUAGAGCCUCGAAGACGUCCAUUACAAGUUGAAAAACUCGAUUUAAUUAUGGGAGAUCAGGAAAAAAUCAUGUGUGUUCUACCGUAUAUUGAUGCAGAUAAGAUCAAUGAAAUCAUGAUUUAUCCGGGACCGAAAAGAGAAACGGUAGUGUUUCCAUUGGAUAAAGUCGUUGAAACUGAGCAAUGGAAAAAUGCGAAAAAGCUCGCAACAAGCAAUUUUGUAGUGGUGGAGCCUAUCGAGAAAUUCACUCAUUUUGAUAAUUGCCGCAUUUUUAUGGAUACGAUUUCUGUGGAGAUGAUUCAAAAAUUGAAGGAGAAUCUUCUCUUCUCCAAAACUCUCAAAUCCUUUGAACUCAAUCACCGACCACAUUAUCAAUCUCCAGAACUAACGCACAUAUUUCGGACUGUUUUCGAUGGGAGCUUUCAAGAUGACGUCUACGAGGACUGUUGGUUCUCCAGAAUUCCUGGGGAUAAUGAACAUGCGUUGGUCAUUCGAUCAUGCUACUACUCAUGGAUAACUUUUUCUCGUCGGGAAUGGUUUAUGAUUAAGCCGAAUUAUGAGCGAUUUAAUUAG